AUAGCACAUUUCUGCCUGUUUUGAGGUGGGACUUCCUUGUUGUUUGUUAUGGAAGAUUUCACUAGUGGGACGAGCAAUGAUAUCUGCUUCAAAGUCAAAAGUGAUAAGCCUUGCGAGGGCUUCUGCUCUCCUGAAUAACAUCACCGGUAUACAACACUUUAAUCGGCCCCUCCGCAGCCCUCGGCACUUUUCCAAAGCUGUAGUGCUGCCUUUUAGCAGCGCCUCAACCCAGCACACGCCAGAAGCAUCAGGUCCCUCUGAAGACAAAGUCCACCUUACUGAGUCAUGUGUCAAGAGACUCGGUGAGAUCAUGGUGAAGGGUGAGUACUUAAGAAUUCACGUGGAAGGAGGAGGUUGUUCCGGUUUCCAGUAUAAGUUCUCAGUUGAUGGUAACAAGAAUGAGGAUGACAGAGUGUUUGAGGAAGGCGGCGUGGGCAUCAUUGUGGACCAGGAUAGUUUGGAGUUUGUGAAAGGAGCCACAGUGGACUUCAGCCAAGAAUUGAUUCGCUCCACCUUCCAAGUACUCAGAAAUCCUCAAGCUGAUCACGGCUGCUCCUGCGGCAGCUCUUUCUCUGUCAAAAUUUAACAUUUGUGUUCUGCAGCACCUUAACAAUGCCACUUGCACUACAGAGAUAUUGGCUUCAUACACGCAAAGUAUGUUUAUAUUAAUCAAACAUCAGGUUUUAUUUUUUUAUUUAACUGAUUUCAUUAAUAGCUAUAUUGUGGAGUUUUUGCUUCAUGCAUGUCAAGUAUGUAAAUAGCUCAAAUAAUCGUAUUUAUGUGGCUGAAAAUAAUUAAGUUCAAUAAAAGUGUUUUUAAAUUA